GUGAAUAAUCGUUCGGACAAAGCGAAAGCAAACAAUUUUACUGCCAAAAGUUUUCAGUUUAUCAGGAGCCAUGGAAGAAAACAUGAAUACAGAAAGCCGACAAGAUGUAGAUGUUUCUGAUGCGAAGCCUAUCUCAGAGACUGACGCUUUUGGAUUUGGAAAAUCUGCUUCACACAGUACUAAGCCAGUAGCCACUACAAUACAGACAGCCUCAGAGUUUUUCUCAUCAAAGUACAAGAUGGACUAUGAUAACAGAGGUAAAGCCAUUAUCAUCAAUAACAAGAAGUUCAACCCGAACACUGGCCUGAACGACCGAAAUGGAACUGACGUUGACGCCUCUGCUCUCUGCUGUCGGUUUUCCGAGCUCGACUUUGAAGUAGAUCUGUUUCACAAUCUCAAAGCAGAUGAAAUUUUAUCUCAGUUAAGAAAAGCUGCUGCUGAUGACCAUAGGAACAAUGACUGUUUCGCUUGUGCUAUUCUGUCCCACGGGGAGGAUGGUUUGAUUUGGGGAAUAGACAGACUGAUUCCAAUCAAUGACCUCCUUGAGCCAUUCAAGGGGAAUAAAUGUCUCUCUCUGGCAGGCAAACCCAAAAUCUUUUUCAUUCAGGCUUGCCGUGGCACCAAGUUUGAUGAAGGUGUGGACAUGAACGUUGCUGAUGCUAAAGGAUUCAUGGAUAUUGAGCCACAGUUCUCUCUCCAGAAAAUCCCAUCAGAGGCAGACUUUCUCUUGGCUUACUCAGUCGUCCCAGGUUACUAUUCAUGGAGAAACUCGUCCAAUGGUUCCUGGUUUGUACAGGCUCUGUCUGAGGUUCUCAUGAAAUACGGCCAGACCUUAGACCUUCUGACCAUGAUGACCCGGGUCAAUCAAAUCGUCGCAAACAAAUUCCAGUCCAACACGUCCCACCCUGACAUGAAUGAGAAGAAACAGAUUCCGUGCAUCACCUCCAUGCUCACAAAAGAGGUUUACUUUAAUAGUAAAUGAGGAGGGGCACCUGCUGUUAAGUUGAUGUGAUACACUUUACUGCCAGGAAAAAAGAGAGUUAACAAACAAAAUGAUCUAUUAAUGAUUUUUUUUUUCCUCCACUGUCAUACAUUGGCAACUCUAACUUUGUGUCAGUUGUUACAGAUAUAAAAGUUGCCAUCAUAAGUGAAUGCCUGAAUGGGUAUUUUAUUUUUUGGGAGAAUGUAUAUUCAGUGUAAAAGU